AUGAAUCUGAACCGCACCGACAAAGCCACACUACUAGCCAAAGUGGUCCAACGAGUCAAUGAACUAAAACAACAAACCCUAGAUAUCUCCAAAGAGACCGUACCGUCCGAGACAGACGAAAUCAGUGUACUCAACUUCGAAGACUGUUCCAACGAAGAUGGUCGGAUAAUCUUCAAAGUAUCGUUCUGCUGCGAGGACAGGCCAGAUCUCAUGAAAGAUCUCGUGGAGACACUUAGAUCUCUUCGGAUGGAAACUGUCUAUGCCUAUAUGACAACAAUCGGUGGUCGGACAAGAAAUGAUCUCGUUGUGGUCGGCAACAAAGAGCAGCACAGUGUCGAGUCCGUGACAUUACUACAGAACGCACUUGAGUCGUUGCUCAAACGGUCAAACCAGUCGGUGAUGAUGGGACACGGUGGUGGGGAAGAAAGGUCCAAAAGACGUCGUCCUGUUGAUCACAUAAUACGGGUAACGGGUGUGAUCUGA